GGUCUGUUCCUAGAGAAGGCCUUGACACCUCAGCGUGGUCCCCGGAAGCUCCGAGGAAGGACGUGGAGGCCCGGAAUGGCGGAGCCGGGCGGGGAGGCCGAAGCGGCGGAGCUGCAGCGCCUGGUGGCGGCCGAGGAGCAGCGGGCCCGAUUCACCGCCCAGGUCCACAAUUUCAUGGAAGUCUGCUGGGACAAAUGUGUUGACAAAACAGGCAACAAACUGGACUCCAGAACUGAAACUUGCCUGGCCAACUGCGUCGACCGCUUCAUAGACGCAACACUGUCUGUCACCAAUCGCUUUGCGCAGAUAGUACAGAAAGGAGGACAUUGAUGUUUGGAUCAACAGAUUUAAUACCGCCCUGCAACAUCUGAAGUCCUGCUUGGUGAGAAGACCUACCUUAGUGCCGGAGGUCUACCCGUUCUGGGAACGUCACCAGCCACUACUAGGAGAUGUUGAACGGGAUCACCAAGAGCAACAUCUUGCCUCUGUGACAUUUAAUAAAUGGGGGAAAAAACCUUGCCCAAACAACUUGAUAUCAUGGAAAUCAGCUGCUUUGUUCUUUUGUAUGCAGAAUGGGAUUUCUUUUUCAAAUGGUAAAUAACCAGCUUUAAAAUACAAGUAGCUUCAGGGGAUUCAUGAAAAAUGUGUUUUGCUGGAAAACCUGAAAGUGAGCUAUCCUUUGCCCCAGUUGGUAAAGUUGAAUUCCAAGGAAGAAACAACAUACCACCAUUUAGGUAUAGCAUGCCACAUCUUGGAACUUGUGCCAGUAUGAAUGUGUUGUAAGGAUGCAGUAGUUUCCAAUAAAAACAAUUUCUUCAGUU